UUAUGACAUGAUUUUAAAAUGUGUUACCUUGGGCAAAAGGGGCCAGCUAUUGGAGUAGUUCUUGAGUAACCUAAUUGUUUGAUAAGGAUCCUUGCCUGUUUAAGUCGUUGUUGGUUGUUGGAAACAUUCCAUUUCUAAAUUUGUGCCUUACUGCAUACCCUGAGGUAUGUGCACAACCCACUGUAAUUGCACAGUUUAUUAUUUUAUUAAUGAGAGCUAUGAUAAUGUGUUGGCUCUUGAGUUCUCUCCAGUCCAGGUUUGGUCUCCUAAUUGCCCAGGGUUCUGCGAUUCCAUCGUUUGUUCCGGGCAUGGUGAUGGGGAGCGAAAGCAUGGUUUGAGGAAAUCCAACCUUGCCCUGCAGCCUGUAGUUGGUGUGCUGCUGCAGCCAAUGGCUGGAAAGGCAGGGGAUGUUUUUAGCACACCCCUGAUGAAUAAUAAUAGGAGGCAGAAGUAAAUUCUUACUACCUAAUCCCAAGUACCUGAGACUUUGCCAGCUGGAAGGCAAGGGACGCACACCUUAAUUGGCCCUCCUAACCAUAACAGAGCACCCCUUUCUGUUGCUUUGAUCUAGGUCUCCCCUGACUGCUGCUUUGCCCGAGUGGCUGGAAGACUCAUACAUGGCUUGCUGUAAGGCACACCACGGCAUGCAAGCAUCUGGUGUGCAAUAGCAGCUCUUAUUUUUAACGAACCUUAGGGGCAGCAGGCAUAUGAGGGUGCCUGCUCCCAUGUUCCAUAAACUACAUCUCUGUCAAGACACCAGACUUGGUAGUAAAAGAGCAGGAAGCAGCAUCAGCAGAGGUGUGGUCUGCGGAGGAGUUAGGGAAAUCCAGCGUGCUAUGCCUGUAGCUCUGGAGACAAACCCAACCUUCCUGUGGAAGAGAGGCAGCGAAGCCCCACCACCUGAAGUACCGAGUGCCCGCUCCUUGGUGCCACCGGCCCUGGGCUCUGGGGACAUGGGGGCAGCUGGGUGCCCUCAGCCCGCGGGAUGGGACGACGACUUCCCAGCGAGAGCUGUGCAUGCUGCCUCCAUACCGCGCCGGGUGGGAUGGUUUUCCACAGCUUCUCAAACUGCUCAUUGCAGCGUUUGGCUCCUCUACAAGGGCUUUUCAUAGCUGUAGCCCCUGUGGCUUGCUGCAGCAUGGUUUUCUUGCGGAACAGAUGGUGUAUUGCGUAGAAAGUUACUGUAUUUUUGUAUCACUCAUUUUUAUUUAUUAAUUUCACUGUCUCCCGCUCCCUCCCCCCCCCUUUAUUUUCAAGGGGGUCUUAUAGCGUAAUUGCAGAAUUUGGAAUCGCUGUCCGAUUUAUAUUUGUUAUAUUGAUUUUUACGUCUCUGUGUGUGUGCGCAGUAUUUUGCAGAGCAGCGCCUGCUUUCUGAAGUGUUAACGCAUUUCUAUCAAUUUGAAAUUAGCUCAAAAUACUUUAAGGGAAAAUAACGCAUGAAAGAAGAUCUUUGAAAGCAAAAGUAAAUGUCUUAACCAAGCAUUGUACUUACUGGAGUACAGUUUCAAUUUUAAGUCAGAAGAUGGACUUUCUGUAUCUAAUCUUUGUGUUGUUGUUGUUUUAUUAAUUGAUAUCAUCUGGUCAAUUUGAGGGGAAAAUGCUAUUCCCAUAAGAAAAAUAUUUAUUCUAAAUAUUAUUGUUGCCUAGGAUCUUGUUGAAUUCAUGAGAUACAGCAGCAGUCAAGUUGAUUUAAUAUUUUUAACAUUUUUAUAGUGUUUUCUCAUUGUUUCCAUGAAAGCAAUUUCAAUAAAUAUUUUUGCAAUUGCUUUUGGUUUCUUGAAAUUAGGUUACCUAUUGUUGAAAACUGCGUGUUCUCAAACAUGGGUUUCAGAUCUGCUUUGUCAUGAUUAGGCAUUUGAAAUAAAAUAUAAAUAUUUGAGUAAGUCCCAAAAUGAGUGCUUGCCUUUCCCCCCGAGCUCCCAGGACAUAAUUUGUUCUGCCCAGUAAAUCUCUGUAAGCUGAUACUUGAAAAAGAUAGUUCCAGUCAUAGGGGUUUAGUUCCAUUCAGCCAAAUCACUUUCAUAUAUUCAGUUGUAUGCAUGUGUGAAUGCAUAUAUGUAUGUAUACACGAGUGUAUGUAUCUGCACGUGUGUACACACAACACGCGCACAUUUACACACUUACAUGUCUAUGGACACUCACACACACCUUAAAUGUAUGGGACCGUCCCAUUUGUAAGGCAAGGGUCAUGUUUUCAUCCUGUACCCAAGCCUUACUAUAUGCUCACUGCAGUAUUUUUCCCUUUGCAACGCGUCGUUUUUCCAGUAGCUUCUGAACGUGAGGCCAUGCAUCCUCCUGUGUGGAAAGCUGCUGAGGUAUGUGGGAGGAGACACCAGGGAAGACUUGAGCAAUUCCUGGUGGGCUUGGCUUUACUCCUGGCUGGGUCAUGUCCUUCCACAGGGGGGGAGUCCCUCGUGGUGCCACAUUUAGGUCGGGUAGCAAGCACGGUGAAAAAGAAGCCCCCCGCUUCUGUUCUCUGCCACACAUGUUUUGAAGGUAAACGGUUCCCUGCUGUCAGGUGUUGGACAGUUUGGACCCUGUCAUCUUUACUUGCCUUGUUUUCCUCAUAAAAGCAUCACAGGACAUUGGAGUAAUCUAUUUAUAGGAUUGCUUGAGAGAAUUCCCUUAAUGAUGAGACAGUUCAACAAAAAAUCUUAAGAUAAUGGCUUUUCCAUUUGCACCUCUCAAACAUUCUUUUAAAUGGAAGUGAAAGCAUUAUAAAACCCUUGUAAGUAGUUUAAAUUCCCUAGUGAUACAAUAUAGUGGCUUUGUUCUAAGCAUUACACAGAUGGGUUGUAAAGGGUAAAAGUAUAAUCAAGUUUGUGGGAAUCUGUAAAGGUGUUAAAUACUUUGUAGGUAGCCAACUCUAAGAGUCUUUUCCAUACGUAUUUGCACUUACCGCAACCAGUUUCUAUUUUGGAGUGGAAAAGCGAAUGUUUUCAUCAGCGUGCUAAGGGCACUUAGCAGUGACACCAGUUCAUGCUUUGCAUCUGUCCAGUUGCCUCAAGUUUCGGAGUUCAAAUGAACAAAAACCAACAAUAGAUACAGCUCUCUUAAAAUGCCAUGGUCAUAUUUGGAUACAAAUACACAAAUUUGGAUAGAGUAUAUUGCAAAGAUCAGAUAGCAUUUUCUCCUGGCAAACCUUGGUAAAGAUGGUUUAAUACUGUUCCUCAACUAACGGAGCAGUAAGAUGUAAUUACUUGAAGAUCAGCUUUCAGGAUGGGGAUGAGUAUCUCAAAGCGCUGCUCUUCCUUACUGUAUUCUCUGUUCUUCAGCAGACAGCGUAUGGCAGUAGAUGCUCAUAUACAUAUGAAACAUACCUAUUGCGAUAGUGUGUGUCUGUGCCGGAUGGCUGCGCAGCCUAGUGGCCCUCUGCUGUUGUGCCAUGUGUGAUUGUCUCGGUGCAGUCAAAAGUACCAAUUGUGUGUGCAUUUCUUUCAUUCUCAGAUAUGGGGCUAAAACUACUUGAUCAAGCUUAUUGUGAGUGAGUAUAGUAAUUUACGAGCAGAUAUCGGAAAAUCUAAUGACCCUCUUGUGUGCUUUUUAGGAUGCUGUGCACAGUGGAAACGUCCUCACAGUACUUGGAAGGUUUUGUCCCCUUUUCCCUCCUUUCAGGGGAACAUGGCUUUGCACACCCGUUAAUCUCUUGCCCAGGACUGGGUAUGAUAUGGGUCAGGUUCAGAUCUAGCACCCACAACUUAUGGGCCAAAUUCUGAUCUCUUUACUUUGAUUGAACUACUCCAGAUUAUCUUUGCUAAAGUUAAUGCUUUUUUUGUUUGUUUGAUGCAAAAUUAAAAUCAGCUCUGCUCCCUCAGAUCGUGUAUUAUGUACUCGAAAUGAUCGCCAAUACCAAAGACUCAUUUCUCUGCAUUCUUUUGUAUUGAAAAGAGUCCUGAUGGUUAGUGCUACAUUGACGACUUUCAGGAUUAAGUCUUCAAGUUAAUGUCAGAACAAGAAGCGGUAGAGGUUUAUUCAUGCCAUCUGGGCAAUGAAUCUUUAAGAUAAGUGGUCUUUGAACGACUUAACUCUGAAAAAAAAGGGUAGAAAAUAAACCAGCUCAUAUCCUUGUAGAAGGAUAUGUUUUUAAAAGCAUUUCCAAAAUGUUUAGUUAAAAAGUUUAAUGGCAAAAUUGUUGCUUUUGACCUUCUUUUAGUAAAAUGAGCAGUUUGGGUAAGCCAAUGGCAUUGCAUAUGUCCAACAAAAGAUGUGAUUUAUUAUAACUGUGAGAUACAGACGUGUGGUUCCGUAGUUUCAGCUCUAAUGCUCGGUUUUACCAGGGCUGAAAGGUUGGCUUCAGUUCCUGAUGUGACCACAGGGUGGUUAUUCCAGAAAGACAGAAAAAAAAAUCCUUUUCAGCUAGUGAUGGCAGCAUGAGGUGAAGGUUGGGACAAGUGCUUUCCAAACUCCUCUUAACUGUUAUCAUCAAAAUACUUUGAAUUAAGGGCUACUGUUUAAAUAUCAGCUUAUAUCAACCAGAGCAUUGCUGCUUAGUCUGCCUCAGGGUCUAGAGGGAAAGUCUGGCGUCCUAGCCCCCAGCGGAUGUUGCUGGGAUGUGCUCAUUGGGGAAUAACUGUUUUUAUCACUGUGUAGCAUGUGCUACGAGUGAGAGUGUACUGCUGGUGUGUCCAUUGCCCUGCCGAAGGGAGGACCAGUGGUAACCACAGCGCUUCCCCGAGGUGGUUUUUGAGUGGCUGUCCAGCAGACAUCCUGUGACCUCCCACGUGCCCUCGUUUGGGUCAUUAGUGAUGCUUUCCAUCAACAAGUCUUUCCAGUGUUUGGCUUUAGGGCAGUAACUGUAAGUCGGACUGUGAGCCAGGCGCUCCCUACACUUGCUCGAUAAGGGUACUAAUGAUUUACUUAGGGUCAGAUGGUCAGCCUGCGAGAGAAGCAGUUCCCGAAUGCUCAGCAACCACAUGCCACAGCACAACCCCUGCGCCUCCACCUCUUUCCUUACGUCAGGCCCUUACUUGCUUCAGAAAGGCGGGAGGGAAAUCGAAAAGAAGCAUCUGUAUUCACUUUGCUGGGUUGUCAGCCAUCUCCAACAAGUGAAUCCUGUAGUUUUACACUCCAGUUUUGCCCCAAAUGCAUACACAAAACAUGUUUUACUCCACGGGAUCCCAAAAUAUGUAAGGCUUCAUCUCCAGAUGCCUGCAGGAGUAUGGGCUGUAGCGAGAGCUGAGUGCAUCCCUAUGUUGUAGUAAUAUUCCUUACACAAGCUGAACAAGGAAGACCAGAGCAGCACGGCUCCUGAGCAAAUAUUGUUUCUGGUCACAUACGAUACUUUGCAGCUGAGCCUGGUAACACGCUGCUCAACUGUUUUGCUAUGCAAGUGCAGAGAACGCUGUUAGCAAUAAAGCCGCUGCUGGUUUCUCCCCCAAAACCUCCCUCCACGCCGUGCGCUGGAAAUGACUGAACUUUGGCCCUCAAUCUGCUGACACCCUGAGGGAGUGUAAAUGUAAUGACGUCUUUGCUUGUUUCAGCUGCACAACAGGAAACGCUCAUGGCCUCCCCGUCUUCCUGCUCUGAGAAAGCGCUGCCUUCUCUCCCUCCCUUCCCCUGCGGCGCAGCGGGCUGAGACCUACUUUCAGGUCCGCUCUCUGCAGCGAGCCGUGCUCGCGGUGCCCUGGCUGCUGCUGCCGCUGCUCCCCCUCGCCGGGGCCGCCAGCCGGCUCGCCGUCAGCGCGCCUUCGCCCCGAUGCGAGGCGUGGGGUACUUGGUUGGUUUAUUUUUUUUCCCCCGGAGAAGGGGCUGAGAAGAGAAUCCAGUCACGUUGCAAUGGCUUGCUUCACAGGGCACGUCACUGGAUGCACCUCAGCUGAAAAGACCGGGAUGGUCAGGUGAUAAUUUGCCGUGGGGAGACUACAUCACUUGCAUAAUAUAGAGGACACGCUGUCAGGUGGGACCCUCUCCUGAUAUGUGAUCUGCAGCGAGCAACCCUGAAUCAUACGAUGACAAUGUUAUCACUGCCACAUCUCUGGGAACCAGUUAUUCAUAAGUAUACGGAUUGUCUACUUAAGAAGCUGAGAGUGAGCUAGAAACAUUGAUGAAGCCUCUAUGCUGUGAGGUGGAGGAGAGUGUGAACAGCCAUAUUCGCUGGAGUGCUGAACUGAAUUGCCUUGACUGGAACCAUUAUUCACUUGCACCUUUGACGGCAGCAGCCAGAAAAUCUGAAGACAGUCAUGCCUAUUAGAUGUCUAGAAGAUGCAGAUACCUGUGUCACCAUGGAGGAGAUGAAGAGAACCUUGCUCUAGUAGAUCAUAAAUAUCUCUGUGUCAUUCUGCAUCUCAGUGUUUAAUAACAAUGGAAAAUGUCCAAAUGCUAUAACAAGUCUUUGCAAAUGUAUAAUAAACUGUUUAGGAAAGUUCAUGCCAUGAACAGGACUGUAUAAUAAUCACAUUAGUGUACAGACACAAAUCUAAUGCCUAUAGACUACUGCGUGGAAAGUUCCAAAGAGAAAGAAAAGUCUGUGAACUUGCAACAGCCCUGGAAAAAUGGGAGCAACAAAACUUUAAAAAGCACAGCUUUGGACACACUCCAUGAGCCUGCACAGCUUUCAAGUGAACUAGCACUUAAGACCUUGUGUAACAAAAUGGACUCUGGGGACACAGCUAUAGGGCAAAAAGCUACCUCAAGGUCUGGAGAAACUGCUAAAGUACCAACUAGAUGGAGGCAAGAACAUUCAGCUGUUAUUAAGAUGAGCACUUUUGGCAAUCAAGAAGUACAGAGGCAACCACAAAUAGAUCACGAGCAAAUUGGAAACACAGCAUCAGCACAACUUUUUAGUUCUGGGAAACUGGUAUCAUCAAAUGAGGCUGCACAGCAAGUCACAGAGAAGCAAUAUCCACAGCAUCGUCCAACUCCUUACUCAUGUCAACAUUCACUUUCUUUCCCACAGCAUUCAUUGCCACAAGGCUUCUUGCACAACAUAAAGCCACAUCAGAGCUUGGAAGGCCCUCCUUGGCAGUUUCCUAGCCACUUGCAAUCAGUUGCCUCAGAGGACUUGUUUCCUUUUCAUAUGCAUAGCCAUAGUGGAGGUUUCUCCAGGAAGAAGAUUUCAAGUUUGAACCCUGCGUACAGCCAAUAUUCACAGAAAUCUUUAGAACAAUCAGAAGAUGCUCACAAAAAGGAGCACAAACCCAAAAAGCCUGGCAAAUACAUUUGUCCUUACUGUAAUCGGGCUUGUGCCAAACCUAGUGUACUUAAAAAGCAUAUUAGGUCUCAUACUGGGGAGCGACCGUACCCUUGUGUUCCUUGUGGUUUCUCCUUCAAGACAAAAAGCAACCUCUACAAGCACAGGAAGUCACAUGCCCAUGCAAUUAAAGCAGGACUGGUACCUUUCACAGAGUCAGCAGUCUCCAAAUUGGACCUAGAUGCCAGUUACAUUGAUGUGGAAGCUGAAAUACAUUCAGAUGGUGAGCAGAGCACAGACACUGAUGAGGAGAGCUCACUGCUUGUGGAGGGGUCUGACAAAAUGAGCCCUGUUCCGCAGCUCCCCCUGGACAUUGCUAGCAGAGGCAAUUUUCACUCCUCCAUGGAAGAGUCCUUGGUGGGGCCAAUGAAAGUGCCCAUUUUGAUUAUCCCUAAAAGUGGAAUUCAGUUACCCAGUGAGAGUUCACCCUAUAUUGGCUCUGAUAUGUUGCAAAACCCAUCCUUAAGUACUAAGUCUGAUGACUCUCACACAGUUAAACAGCGACUUGCACUAAGACUCUCAGAGAAAAAAGGGCAAGAUUCUGAGCAGUCAUUAAACCUCCUGAGCCCACACAGUAAAGGAAGCACUGACUCUGGUUACUUUUCCCGCUCAGAAAGUGCUGAGCAGCAAAUAAGCCCACCAAAUACUAAUGCAAAGUCUUAUGAAGAGAUCAUCUUUGGGAAGUUUUAUAGGAUUAAUCAAAGGACAGCACUAACAGUAGCCACAACAAAUCAGGAACACAGUUUAAUGGGUAGAAAGGGCAAAGCGGAGCCAUUACCUCUCUUAAAUAACAGAUUGGAUAUCAAGAUGCUUGAGGAACAUAUUUCUCAGCUUACUCCAGGUAAAGAAGAACUUAUUGACUCCAGUAAUUUGAGCACUAUUAAAUCUACACAAGUUUAUCCAGGCAGCAGUACAGAAUCUAGACAAUCCCCGAGCGCAUCAUCCAUCAAAAGUGAAUCCAACUUGUAUCAAGCCAGUCAGCAGGGUGAGGUGCCUGUCCUUCUAGAGCCCCCAGUAGAUUCUUCUCCUCUUAUUAGAAGUAACUCCAUGCCAACCUCUUCUGCAAACAGCCUAAGUAUUCCCCCAUCUCUGAGAGGAAGCCACUCAUUUGAUGAGAAGAUGACUGGCUCAGAUGAUGUAUUUUACCCUGGCACAGUGGGAAUAUCCCACCAAAGGAUGUUGAGAAGGCAGGCUGCCUUUGAACUGCCCUCUGUGCAGGAGGGGCACUCAGAUUCAGACUAUCAUGGAAGACCAGGGAAAAAUAUCAUUAUUGCUUCCAACAGACAAUCAGCAGGUGACAAAGGACCAUCAUCAAAAGAGAAGAAAGCAGGGGACAAGACCUUUUAUGACUAUGAUGCCAGUGGAAAGCACUACAGAAAAUGGGAAGAAUUUGAAGCUCAGAAGCAAAACUACAGGGACUCGCCAUCCUUAGGUGGAACAAACAAGGGGGGAGAGUACUUCAUUGAUCCACUUGGACAGUCUCAGGCAGUGCCAUCCAUGCUUGGAACAACUUUUGAAAACAGAAAGCGCAGGAAAGAGGAGAGUGUUGGAGAUGAGGAGGACAGUCCCAUGCUUUGCAGCAGUACAACUGGCACCACUGGAGGAAUUCAGCCUUUGGACUUCGAUCCCAAAUCCCAAAUUCAGGACGUGCCAAGGAGUGGAUUUUCCCUUCAAGGUCUGGACAAUUCUGCCCAUUGCCAUGCAGAGCGUUUUGAAAUGUGCAGGCCUUACUUGCAGUCUGGAAGUCCUGCAGCUUCUCUGGAAGACUCAUCCUUAAUUGCAGAGCAAGAAAAGACUGCAGAAUCACUAACUAGAAAGCCCCCUGGAAAUGUAAUCUCUGUCAUUCAGCACACAAAUUCAUUGAGCAGGCCAAACUCAUUUGAAAGGUCUGAAUCUACAGAACAUGUUGUAUGCCAGCAGGAUAAGAUCUAUUCACCAUCUGAAACAUGUGAGAGUGAGAUUUCUGAGUCCCCCAUGAGCCCAGACCGAGCUCCACAAACAGAAAAUGCUGACACCGGUAAGCCAUCUCCAUCCCAGCAACCUCAGCCAUAUCAUAUGCAGCCCAGAUUGGUUCGCCAGCACAACAUACAGGUACCUGAAAUUCGUGUCACAGAGGAGCCAGAUAAGCCUGAAAAAGAAAAAGAAGUGCAGAACAAAGAGCAGGAGAGACCCACAGAAGAAUUCCAGUGGCCCCAGAGAAGUGAAACCCUUUCUCAACUUCCAGCCGAAAAGCUACCACCCAAAAAGAAGCGUUUACGACUGGCUGACAUGGAGCACUCCUCUGGAGAGUCUAGCUUUGAGUCCACAGGUACAAGCCUCUCUCGCAGCCCUAGCCAAGAAAGUAAUUUGUCCCACAGUUCAAGUUUUUCAAUGUCCUUUGAAAGAGAAGAAACAAUGAAGUUCAUCACACCUCCCAAACAAGAUGAGUUUGGAAAACAGUCCGAGUUUUUAACAGUUCCAGCUGGUGCUUACUCACUUUCCGUCCCUGGGCAUCACCAUCAGAGGGAAAUGAGACGCUGCUCAUCUGAACAGAUGCCCUGUCCUCACGCUGCUGAAAUCCCAGAGAUCCGAAGUAAAUCCUUUGAUUAUGGGAACCUGUCUCAUGCCUCUUCAGCAGGGACACCUACUACUGCACUAUCUCCAUCACGAGAAAGGAAGAAAUGCUUCUUGGUUCGCCAGGCUUCCUUUAGUGGUUUUCCAGAGAUUUCCCAGACUGAUCAGAGCACAGAACAAAGUAUAAAGCAGGAACAGAUGGAACAUGCACAGGCUGGUCUCCGCUCCUCCCAGCUUGCCUGGCAUCACUCCCCUUCCUCUGUACUUCAGCCCAUUCAGGUAGAUGAGUCUGGAAAACAGGCUGUUGGUUCUUGUGCUCAGCUUAGUAAUAGCUCAUCCCACCUUGCCCAGCAACAGGCUCUUCUUGCAGAUAGUCCAGAAAUGUUAAGGACUCCCUUGAUCCAACAAGCACCUUAUAUUUCCAACAAACAUCCAUCAGAGCAGCAGCAGCAGCUAUUUGCACAUCAGGAUAAGGUCCCAUUUCCCCCUAUUCAUAACACCUUAUUUCAGUUCCCAUAUCCAACUGUCUGCAUGGUUCACUUACCACCAUCUCAGCAGCCGGUCCUGUGGCAGUCAUGCACAGAACCUCUACACUUCCAGCAUCAUUUUGUACAACAGCUGCAGAAAUCUUAUGUCAAGCCACCUUUCCAAACAGACGUUCCUCCAAGUUAUCACCUGGAACAUAAUUCAGAGUUUAUUGGAAAGAAACCAGCUGAUUAUGUACAUGCUAAAGAGCAAGCAUACCAGCAUUACUCAGGAACAUCUGGGCAGUAUUCAAAAAAUACUCUUGCGAAGUACCAGUCAGACCAUAGCAUUAAACUGACAGAUACCUCCUCUGAGCAGCAUCUUCAGACAGAGUUUGACUCCCCAUCUGACGGAUCUGUACAGUCUUUGCCAGGAACAGUUGUUCCCGUCAGGAUUCAAACCCAUGUGCCAUCAUAUGGUAGUGUCAUGUAUACAAGCAUUUCCCAGAUCCUUGGACAAAGCAACAGUCCCGCAAUUGUAAUUUGUAAAGUUGAUGAAACUGUUUCUCAACGAACAUUGGCAACUAAUGCAACAAUGCAUGGAAUUGGAUUUAACAUAGCUCAGAUGUUAGGUCAGCAUGGAGGGCUAGAAAAAUAUCCUUUGUGGAAAGUGCCGCAGACACUAUCACUUGGACUGGAGCCCUCAAUUCCCCUCUGUUUGACUUCCAGUUCUGACAUGGCUUCUACCUUGGGAGGAGGCAAACGAAUGCUUUCACCUGCCAGUAGCUUGGAGCUCUUCAUGGAGACCAAGCAACAGAAACGAGUCAAAGAAGAAAAAAUGUAUGGGCAGAUAGUUGAGGAGCUAAGUGCCGUUGAGUUAACUAACUCAGAUAUAAAGAAAGAUUUUCCAAGAAUGCAGAAGCCUCAACUGGUAAGGCAGAGCUGUACUACUGAGCCAAAAGAAAGUCUGCCAUCCAUGUCAUCCUCUUCACCACUGUCAUCCUCAUCAUCUCAAGAUUACCCACCUGUCAGCAUGACGACAGCUGAUGCUUUCCCACUAAGCAGGGAGAAACUUUCAAGUUUUGAUUCCACAUCACCAGGGCAAAAGUCCAGUGGCCCUUCUGAAGGAAGAGACUCGCCAGAAGAACUGGAUGUGGAUGAAACAGCCUCAGAUAUGAGCAUGAGUCCACAGAGAUCUUCAUUGCCACCAGGAGAAAUUCAGCCAGAAGACCAACUGAAACAUCAGAAAAUGCCUCUUGGGAUGCUAGUCCAGAUGGCAUCCAAUAACAGUGGGAAAGUCACAGGUUCUACCAUUCUCCUGACAGACGUAGCAGAUUUUCAGCAGAUCCUUCAGUUCCCAAGUCUUCGCACUACUACAACUGUGAGCUGGUGUUUCUUAAACUAUACAAAACCCAAUUACAUUCAGCAACCAACCCUCAAAUCUUCUGUUUACGCUUCAUGGUGUAUAAGUUCAUGUAACCCAAACCCAUCUGGGCUAAGUACAAAGACCACUUUAGCACUUCUAAGGUCCAAGCAAAAAAACACCACGGAAAUCUACACUCUGGCUGCUAUGCAUAGACCUGGAGCUGGUAAACUGACAUCAUCAAGUGCAUGGAAGCAAUUUUCUCAGAUGAAACACGAGCCAUUCUUCUUGUUUGGCAGCAAGCUUGAAAAGAAAGUAGUGGGGAAUAUUAUAAAAGAAAGAGUAAAAGGAGACAUUCAUGGAGAUAAAGACAUUACAUCCAAACAAACUGAGCCGAUACGAAUUAAAAUCUUUGAAGGAGGGUAUAAAUCAAAUGAGGAUUAUGUCUAUGUCAGAGGUCGUGGCCGAGGAAAGUACAUUUGUGAAGAAUGUGGAAUUCGCUGCAAAAAGCCAAGCAUGCUCAAAAAACAUAUCCGCACUCAUACUGAUGUCCGGCCUUAUGUAUGCAAGUUGUGCAAUUUUGCCUUCAAAACUAAAGGAAAUCUGACAAAACAUAUGAAGUCUAAAGCACACAUGAAAAAAUGCCUGGAGCUUGGAGUAUCAAUGACAUCUGUAGAUGAUGCUGAAACUGAAGAAGCAGAAAACAUGGAGGACAUGCAGCAGGAGGCAGAGAAGAGUAGCAACUUGGCAGGCCUGUCAGCAGAGCAUCAGUUUUCUGAUGCAGAGGAGUCAGAUGGUGAGGAUGGUGAUGACAAUGAUGAAGAUGAUGAAGAUGAGGAUGACUUUGAUGAUACUCAGGGAGACUCAACACCAAAAACCAGAUCAAGAAGCACCAGCCCGCAGCCCCCCCGGUUCUCCUCCCUGUCGGUGAACUCGGCUGGGGCAUCACAGGGGGCUUCCCCUGAGGGCUCUCUUUCCAUGGGACACUCCUCCCUCAUCAGUUAUUUGGUCACCUUACCUAGCAUUCAGGUUACUCAGCUUAUAACACCAAGCGACUCCUGUGAAGACUCACAGAUGACAGAAUAUCAGAUUUUCCAGAGUAAGAGCACUGAUUCAGAGCCCGACAAAGACAGGUUAGACAUACCUAGCUGCAUGGAUGAGGAUUAUGUGCUUUCGUUAGACCCUGGUUCAUCUCCGAGGGACCUCUCACCUUCCAGUCGGCAGUCAUCCCCUGGCUAUGAUUCUUCACCGUAUAGAGAUAACUCACCAAAGAGGUAUUUAAUGCCAAAAGGGGAUUUAUCACCCAGAAGGCAUCUGUCACCCCGGAGAGAUAUUUCACCCAUGAGGCACCUUUCCCCGCGGAAGGAGGCUGUGCUGAGGAGAGAGUUAUCACCGAGACGGGACGUUUCACCGAGACGUCACCUAUCACCACGGAGACCAAUGUCACCAGGGAAAGAUGCGUCUGUUAGAAGAGAUUUGUCUCCUAGGCGAGAGAGGAGAUACAUGGCCUCGGUUAGAGCGGCAUCUCCCAGGAGGGGCUUAUACCAUAAUCCAGCGUUGUCCAUGGGUCAAUAUUUACAGUCUGAAUCUAUUCCAGUGGGGCAUUCAAGGAGGGGAUUGUCUCAGGGGCCUUACUUCAGCUUAUAUGGAGAAAAAGGAGCUAUGGAGCACCACGGGUCUAGCCCAUUCCCUGAAGGUCCGAAUGACUACGUCUUCAGUCACCUUCCACUACACUCCCAGCAACAAAUCCGAGCACCCAUCCCCAUGAUGCCUAUUGGGGGUAUUCAGAUGGUCCAUUCAGUACCUGUGGCCCUUUCAGGUUUACAUCCUCCGUCCACUCUUGCCCUGCAGAGGGAGGGCUCUGAGGAGAAGCAAAGAGGACCUGCAGAAAUCCUCACGAAAGAGUCAUACGGUGUUUCCAAGCACCACGAGAAGCGUACCUCUCUGCACAGCUUGCACCCGACCGCUCCCUCCAGUGCACCCUCCUCUCCGUUGCUGUUGCUGACACAGAGCACUUCAGAGGACAGUGUAAUAGCGACAGAGGGGGAGCAGGAGGAGAACAUACAGACUUGUACGAAAGCCAUAGCCUCUCUGCGAAUCGCCACAGAAGAAGCUGCUCUGCAUGGGGCGGAGCACCCACAGAGGCCUUCUGAGCCUCACCAGAAACCCUCAGAAAGUGCACAUUUUAGCAUUAAACACUUUAGUGGAUCUGAGCCGGGCCAGACCUGUGCCUCAGCCACCCAUCCUGACUUGCACGGUGGUGAACAGGACAGUUUUGGUACAUCACAGACUGCGCUAGCCCAUCCCACCUUUUACAACAAGAGCUUUGUGGACGUCCGACAGAUGGGCUUUCACAGCAGGAAUGAGCCCCCAUCAAGCACACAGGAAAGAAAAGAUCCGUCGUCUGAGAAGAGCAAGCCACAUUGAUCUGAGAUGCAUGGAGACUUUCACCCAUACAUUUACCCCACUUUUUUUUCUAGAGAUAGAAGAAGUAUCCAACUUUACAGCAUGCCUGUUCUAAGUUACAGUAGUUUGCUAUUAUAUAUACUUUUGUUAUAUCAAAAGAAUUAGAUAAAAUAACAAGUCAUCAUGAGCCUGACCAAAAUUAAAUUUGAAAUUCUUAUUGGGUCUGGUACUUUUAAAUUGUACAGAUGUUUGUGCCUUUUCUUUACUUUGCUUAUAUUCUUAUAAGCAUUUUUUUAGCAGUAAUUUGUACAUAUUUUAGAAUUUGUGUAUCUGCUUUGUAAUAAAUGUAAUUUCUUUCCUUUUUUGGACACUUGGAUCUAAAUGAUGUAAAGCAAAACAGCAUCAAUAUAUGUGAGGUUGCACUAAAACAUAUUUUUAUAUGAUUAAAACUGAACAGCUUUUAUGUACAGCUCUGAUUCUGUAAUACUAAUAUUUAUUUACUUUGUUUCAUAAAUUGUAAAUUUUUUUCUUAAUGUUGUGGAUUGCUUUUCUAUGUGAAGCAUGGGAUUUACUGUUGCGUAAUUAGAACAAAAUGUAUAUUGUAAAACAAGAUAUUUAAACUAGAGUAUCUUAUCUUAUUCUGCACUUAUGCAUUAGUUAAAAAAAAAAGAUAAAGGAUGUAUCAGUCAGUUCUUAACUCUUGUAAUUUUUUUUUGUCUCUUGUUUGCUGGAUUGACUAUAACUUAAGUGCUGAUUGUGAUUUUAAACUGAUAGUACCGUAAAGCAUUAAAGUAAAACAAUGUGCUAUUGUGAGUUUUUUCAAAGCUUUAUAAAACAGUUAUAAAUAUAUUAAAAGUAUUUGGUCUUAUGUGAACAUGUUGAUCUAGAUACUCCUUUAAAAAGCUAUGGGAAAACAUUCCACCCCAUGUAGAUACGUACAAGUGCAUCACUGGUGCCGGCUGCGUAACUCACCUGCACAUGCCUGGUCAGCCGUGCCAUGCAGGCGCUGAGUGGGGGCACCACUGGCUCCAAGGCAGGCAGGCCAUCAGGCCACGGCUUCACCUGCUCCUCCCUCUCCAGAAACAGGGUGGCAAGGCCCCUAUGGCCACAUGGGGCUUGGUGAGGAGCUGGACAAGCGGCACCACACUGAGCCCCAGCAGUCCCCAGCUUGCGAGCAUCCACAGCACCUCUGCCCAAGCUGAGCGUGGAGCUUAGGUGUCACGCAGAGGUGCCCCGGAGUGUGAGCAAGGGACUUGGAGGGGGAAAAAUGACAUUUCCUCACACCUGAACACCAGCAGCUGGUCACUCCCCACUGCGACACCUGAGUCAGCUGUAGGGGAGGCUCCCCGUCCUGCGGAUGGGGGAGCAUGAUGGCCCUUCCAGCUAAGCAGACAGCACCACCACCCUGGCAUCUUCAAGGAGCAGGAUUCAUGGGCAAGGAAGUCACAGUCUUCCAGAGCAGGGUCUCCAUCUGUGCGAGGUUUGAUCCAGAAGAAAGUCAAUAGGAGCCCGGGCUUGUGUUUGAACAUCUGUGGUGGGUUAUCACUACCACCAGCAGCAUGCGUGUGUGUGCGCACACACUCUCACACACACAUACACACACACACACACACACACUCACACACAGACAUACACAUGAAAGAAACCAACAACCUGGAUUAUAUUUUGUGCUAUUUAGUGGAUUAUAAUUCUGUGAAACCAAGUUUGUAUAUUGACUUACAAUACAUUUAAGGAGUGUUCUUUAAAAAGAAAUAAAUAUACAGUUACAUGCA